GGAGGAGGAGUCCUCACCGGCAGGAGGCGGGGCUCUCUCCCGCUCUGAGCGCUCACUGGGCGGCUGGAGGAGAGGCAUCAUCCCGCUGUCGGGAUCUGGAGCUCCAGUCUGGAUUGCACUGUUAACACACGAGUGAACGAGGAGGAGAUGGAGAACGCUGAAGGGACUUUGAGGAGCAUCGAGUUGGAGUGAUGACGUCCAGCGCCAGGCUCGGCUGAGGAUGAAGCUCGCAUCCGACCUGCAACGACAGACUCGUCUCCGCCUGGUUCGACUUGAAAAGUUGGGUCUUAGUGGAUCGUCCUGACCUGGAUAAAGGUCUCGGAACGCAGUUCCUGCUGCCUGCUUCCCUGAGAGUUACAUCAAGUACAGAGAAGCUUGGGCGUCCAUCUCCAGGUCGACUUUGAGAGGCCGACAUGGGGACGGUGCUGUCUUUGUCACCUGACUCGAGGAAGUCGGGCUACUACGACACCAGGCCGGGAUCCCUCAGCCACUACCCGAGCUACAGCAGUCGCUCUCUGAACACUCAGAAGGACCGCGGCCUGAAGAGAGGACAGUCCAUCUUCCUCCCGGCGCUCACAUGGAAGAAGCUGGUGGCCUCCACGAAGAAGAAGAGCCAAUCCAAGAAAGCUCCUCCAGGCCCAGUGCUCCUCGCUGACCCUCUCAAUAACAACCACAUCUACCAUAAAGACCCUGUGCUCCACCUCAACCGUGAAAAUGUGAAAAAGUCUCUAUCGUGUGCCAACCUGUCUAGUUACGAGUGCCCAGCAGGUCUGGGUCUAGGCUACGGCCUUGGGUUGAACCAGGGUCUUGGAUACGGCUACACUAAGACUCAGCAGGUUUCUUCUGUGAAAAAGGUCCCCCAGGGGACCCUGCCAUCGUCCCCGAAGCGAGUGAUCGUGCAAGCGUCGACGAGUGAACUCCUCCGCUGCUUGGGGGAGUUCCUGUGUUGCCGGUGUUAUCGCCUCAAGCACCUCUCCCCCGCUGAUCCGGUCCUGUGGCUGCGCGCUGUGGACCGCUCGCUGCUGCUGCAGGGCUGGCAGGACCAAGCCUUCGUGACGCCGGCCAACGUCGUCUUCGUCUACAUGCUGUGCCGGGACGUGGUGGACGGCGACCUGGUGGCCUCGGAGCACGAACUGCAGGCCAUCCUGCUGACAUGCCUCUACCUGUCCUACUCCUACAUGGGCAAUGAGAUCUCGUACCCGCUCAAGCCUUUCCUGGUGGAAGCAGGCAAGGAUGCCUUCUGGGACCGCUGCCUGGCCAUCAUCAACGCCACCAGCGCAAAGAUGCUGCGCAUCAAUGCCGACCCGCACUUCUUCACGCAAGUAUUCGCGGAGCUCAAGAGCGAAGGAGUCUGUAGUCCCCAAGACUAUAGCCGAGUGCUGGACCGGUGACUUUGAAGCAGACAUGCCUUUUUGUACGUUUAAGGACCAUUCGCUGAGUGUGUGUACGUUUCCUCUGGUCGCUAUACAGUGGAAGGUUUAAGCAAGGGACAUUGACUUGCAACUUUUUUUUUUUAAACUGCACCAAUUGUUCAGGGGUUAUGGCUGCAAGAUGCCCACGUCUCGUGCAGGUGAAUCCGGUCUGUUUCGGUGGUCCUCCUGCAGAAGAGCUGGGGCUUGGUUUGGCUACUUUCUCAAUAGGAUAAACCAUCGAUGAGUAACGCUCAUUUCAAAUGUCAAGUAUUCGCCGUCUUGUUCAAACCUUCCAACGUUCUCUAGCGCAUCUGUUGCCAUUUUAAGUGAGCAAGCAAGAGCAACGUUUCCAGAACAAAUCUUUGCACUUUUGUUUGGGUUGGACAUUUGGCCCACCUGUCCCAUCCUGGCCCCAUGUGUCUAGUUGCAGUUGUCCCAGCUGCCCAUCUGGAUCUGCACAACAAUCCUCCAGUUCUCCUCUUCAUACAUCAGGGCCUGUUUUUGGACUCACCAAAAUAAAACUACCAUUGAUCUACCUGAGAUUUGGACAGUAGGAGUGACACCCUCACUCCCUCGCCUGGUGAAGCCCCUCCCCACGACACGGACGAGUCGUCCGAGUGAUGGGCGCAGCUGAGAAGUGAGUGCAGUGAGCAAAGUGAAACAAACCCUCACAGUUAUUUUGGGGUCAUCAGAUCCGCGGGGACAGUUGGCGCUUUUGUCCCUUCCCUUCCAGAGGACUGUUUCCACGUUCAGAUUUCACUUGAAUGCGUUUUCAUGCGUGUGAACUAAAUGUGGGCCGGUAUUGUGCACGCGUCCAGGUUCAUCAGCUGUUUGACCCGUCCUUUGUUCCCUGCCUCUUGUUGACAGGGCACACACAGCCGUGCCAUUAAUGAGAUUAACAGAUUACCGCUGCCCCUCCCUCUGUUGUCCACCACUGCCCCCUCUUGUCCACUAGGCAGAGACUGGAGGCUAAUCCAGGCCCUGCGCCGGAUCACAAACCACCACGUUCGCCUCAUUGUUACUGACGGAAUAAGGCACUGUUGCGUUUCUUUCCUCGUGGUUCCAUCCACUGAGGUGUUUUGGGGGCAACAUUUGCUGACCUUGCAUAAAGUAGUCAGACUUAAAACAAUACCUCUUAUGAGGAUCAACUUUGACAUCAUGAGCAGGUCAGAUUCCAUCGCCUGCUCAACAUUUCAUUUAAAAAAUGAACGCUUUAUCUUCACGAAGCCUUUGUCAAUUUUCAUAAUCGUACGCAGACCAGUAGGUGGAUGCUCCAAUCCACUCUCUCUCUCCAUCUGUCCCUCUUUGCGGUGAUGGUAGUAGCUCCGCUCUUAAAACAGUCUGUUUCAGCAGAACCUAAGCUCCAAAUCAAAUCAGCAGUUUGAGGAGAUCCGCACACUUUCACAGUCUGGCUUCUCAUUUCUAAGUCUCUGUGUGGAGUCACGCCUGUCCUCCUCUCUGCCUGAGGGAUCUCACAUGAGCCAACACACCACAGAGCAAAUUCACGCUCACAGUCGCUCUUUUUUCAGCCCCUACCAGCGGCCAUCUAGCCGCCCAUUGUUGAGGUCACUGCGGCUCUCCUGUCCGGGCCGGCGCCAGCAGCGCUCUGACAAGGACGCUUGUGUCUUGACUCACACUAUCCCCAUCCCCCUUUCCGUCCCCAUUUCUACGCACACUCAGCUGUUGUACGAUGACUGUUUCAUUAAAUUUGACACGCCACGCCCCGCGGCCAUUGUCAUUACGAGGAUGGUCACAAGACUUCUCGGAUUCAGGCAAUAAUUCGGUGUCAUUCGUCCAAACAUAAAGAAGCCAGUGAAGGAGGUUGCUAAAUUGUGGUCUAAGAAGCAGAACCUUUUCAAGAAAUGGACCGUGGUUCUGCUCAUGCCUUCUUUCAGCAUCAGUCUCCUUUCACUAUUUGCUUACAAUAAUCAUGAAGAGGUAGGAUACAAUGUUUUGUGUUUACAAACCUGUUCCCAACUUUCUAUCAUCACGGCCCAGUUCCACGGUGGAACACUUGGGUUUGGCCACUUUUGUGUGAACCUUCCACUGUCAUCUGUGAGGAAAAUGCUGGCGGUUAUCAUGCAAUCAAAGUGCACUGUUUGUCAAGCUAAAAUGAAAAAAACAAACAAACAAGCGGCACCAACCUUGUCGACAUGUUCCCGAGCUUUAAUGAUUUUAAUGGACUCUGUGGGUGACUGAACCUGCUGGUCACCCAUCCCGAGGACUGGCUUCAGCAAGAGGCUGAAGAGAUUUUGUGAGAUUUUGUUACGCUAAGCUAACAUUUGGUGAGUUCCUUUUUUUUUGCUUGGUCGGCGCAGCUCUGUGAGUUGUGUCGAGUCCUUUCUGCUGCUAUAAGAGUGACGCCACACUACUGAUUUCUUAUUCGGAGUUAAAUUAAAUAAUUACGUUAACAAGAAAAAUAAGUUUAGCUCCUGAUUUUUGCCCAAAUAACAGGACUGUUUUGGGGGUUGGGGCAUGCUGCUCGUAGACACUUUAAAUCCAACAGAACAGAAAUGAACUCCACUGUAGAAACCAUGGUCGCGUGGACGUAGCAUCAGCCCAACAAGGCGUGUGUAUAUAUAAAUAUAUGCUGGUGUUUGAACAAACAUCUGUCAUGAUGAACACAAACGUUGCUGUCUUGUAGCAUGGUUGCCAGUUGGGAAGUGUAACAGCUGUAGUGCUUUUUUCUUUCAUCAUUUUUACUGGUAAGGUUUUGGUUUUUUUUUCUCACUGGAUGUUAUCUCGGUGUACGACGCACGCAACACGUCCAGUGUGACGUUGGUUCGACGGCUGUCGCUUCGAACAUUUAAGUGAAAAAAUGUGAACUUCUUUUCCUUUUGACUUUUGUAAAGCCACAAGUGUGAAGCACAAAAGGUCCACUGUUGUUGAAACUUGAAGUCUUGAUUUUUCAUUAUGAGCUUGUUUAUUUAAUAAAAGUGUUGA